AUGGCGGGGGACGGCGGGGGGGCGGCCCGGCUGCUGGCCGUGCUGCUGACCGGGCUGCUGGCCGGGCUGCUCGGCGGGGCGCGGGGCUUCGGCGACGAGGAGGAGCGGCGCUGCGACGCCAUCCGCAUCGCCAUGUGCCAGAACCUGGGCUACAAUGUCACCAAGAUGCCCAACCUGGUGGGGCACGAGCUGCAGGCGGACGCGGAGCUGCAGCUCACCACCUUCACCCCCCUCAUCCAGUACGGCUGCUCCAGCCAGCUCCAGUUCUUCCUGUGUUCGGUUUAUGUGCCGAUGUGCACAGAGAAGAUUAACAUCCCCAUAGGUCCCUGUGGAGGCAUGUGCCUCUCUGUCAAAAGGAGAUGUGAACCUGUUUUAAAAGAAUUUGGGUUUGCCUGGCCAGACAGCCUAAACUGCAGCAAGUUCCCACCCCAGAAUGAUCACAACCACAUGUGCAUGGAGGGCCCAGGAGACGAAGAGGUUCCCCUUCACAGCAAGACCUCCUUGCAGCCUGGAGAAGAGUGCCACGGCAUGGGAUCUAACUCAGAUCAGUACAUUUGGGUGAAGAGAAGCUUGAGCUGUGUCCUGAAGUGUGGCUACGAUGCUGGUCUGUACAACAGGUCUGCUAAGGAAUUCACAGAUAUCUGGAUGGCCAUAUGGGCCAGUCUUUGCUUCAUCUCCACUGCCUUCACAGUUCUGACCUUCCUGAUUGAUUCAUCCAGAUUUUCCUACCCAGAGCGGCCAAUCAUAUUUUUGAGCAUGUGCUACAAUAUUUAUAGCAUUGCUUAUAUUGUGAGGCUAACUGUGGGCCGGGAAAGGAUAUCCUGUGAUUUUGAAGAGGCAGCAGAACCUGUUCUUAUCCAAGAAGGUCUUAAGAACACAGGAUGUGCGAUAAUUUUCUUGCUGAUGUACUUUUUCGGGAUGGCUAGCUCCAUCUGGUGGGUUAUUCUGACACUGACGUGGUUUCUGGCUGCGGGACUCAAGUGGGGCCACGAAGCAAUCGAAAUGCACAGCUCCUAUUUCCACAUCGCAGCCUGGGCCAUCCCGGCGGUGAAGACCAUCGUCAUUUUGAUUAUGAGACUUGUAGAUGCAGACGAGCUCACCGGCCUCUGCUAUGUUGGGAACCAGAACCUGGAUGCGCUGACAGGCUUUGUUGUGGCUCCACUUUUUACCUACCUGGUCAUUGGGACUUUAUUCAUUGCAGCAGGACUUGUGGCCUUAUUUAAAAUCAGGUCUAAUCUCCAGAAAGAUGGAACUAAAACUGACAAACUGGAAAGACUGAUGGUCAAAAUUGGGGUCUUUUCAGUGCUGUACACUGUCCCAGCAACGUGUGUCAUCGCCUGUUAUUUCUAUGAAAUCUCCAACUGGGCCAUUUUCCGCUAUUCAGCAGAUGAUUCCAACAUGGCAGUGGAGAUGCUCAAAAUUUUCAUGUCCCUUCUGGUGGGUAUUACAUCAGGUAUGUGGAUCUGGUCAGCCAAAACUCUGCACACGUGGCAGAAGUGCUCCAACAGACUGGUGAACUCAGGGAAAGUGAAACGGGAGAAGAGAACAGACGGUUGGGUAAAACCUGGGAAAGGGAACGAGACCGUGGUAUGAGAAAAGGACAGCAUCCCACUGGUCUGACUGCUCUCCUGUGAAGGACUGAUCAUGUGUAAGCAUUGCUGUGUAAAUGUUGGGAGUAGAGUGGAGGGACGGUUAUACAACCUGUCUCUGGAGAUGGAAGGGGAGGGAAAAAAAAGCCCUAAAGAAUAAACAGCAAAAAGAUCAUGCUGCAGAUACGAUAGCCAUAAACCAUGCUGCCCAAAAUAGGAGAGCCCAGGGAGGCUUUAAAAGCUGUGAAUUACCCAAACAUGUUAUCUUUGUUUUUCUUUUUUUUUUUUUUUUGUUUUCCUUUUUUUAAGCAGGAUGCAUUUACUGAAGUCUUGAAGUCUUUAGAAAUGGAGGUGCUGUAGCCCACAGCUGUGGGAUGAUGUUUUCCUUUUGUCAUCUUACAGCUGAUAGAGGCAGUCCAGGGCCAAAUUCUGGGCUUAAUUAGGGUCCAGUUACCAGAAUAUGGAGUACCCAGAGCCUGAGUCAGAUGUCUUCUUUCAAAGUUCAGAAUUGAGAAGGAAGCACUUUAUUCUGUCUUUAUGCCCUGGGGAAUUCUGGUGUUCCAA